CUGAGAGAGCAGCAAAUGCUCUUAACCAGGGAGCCACCUCUUCAGCUCCAUUAAGCACAUUUUCAAAGAAGAUGUGGAACUCUGUAGAUCUGGCUGGCAUGCCUUAAACUCAGAGAUCCUGCCUCCCAAGUGCUGGGGUUGAAGAUGUGUACCACCACUGCCUGGCUUAAAGAUUGCUCAUUGCCUUCCCAUAAGCGCACCAGCUGACCAGGAGCAACAUCUUCAGUUCCUUCAGAAUGCAGAGUCUUUGACCUCCUCAUAAAGCCACACCUCAAGGGGAUGCUGGCCCUGGCUUCAGUCAAGGCACGUAUUAAAUUUCCGAUUGACUACCUAUAUUCACCACCUACCUUCAGAUUCUUGACCAAAAUGUGGCACCCCAACAUCUAUGAUAAAGGAGAUGUAUGCAUUUCAAUCCUUCAUCUGCCUGUAGAUGACCCACAGAGUGGAGAGCUGCCCUCUGAAAGGUGGAAUCCUCCUCAGAAUGUGAGGACUAUCGUGCUGAGUGUAAUCUCCCUGCUUAAUGAGCCCAACACCUUUUCCCCAGCCAAUGUGGAUGCUUCAGUCAUGUUCAGGAAAUGGAGGGACAGCAAAGGAAAGGACAAGGAGUACGCUGAGAUCAUUAGAAAACAGGUCUCAGCCAUGAAAGCUGAAGCAGAACAGGAUGGAGUGAAGGUCCGAACAACCCUGGCAGAAUACUGCAUCAAAACUAAAGUGCCUUCCAAUGACAACAGCUCAGAUUUGCUUUAUGACAACCUGUAUGACGACGACAUUGAUAACGAAGACGAGGAAGAAGAAGAUGCCAACUGUUAUGAUGAUGAUGAUUCUGGAAAUGAGGAGUCGUGACAUGUUCCUUCAGUUCCCUGUACUGCCCUGACAUCUCAGGCCAAAGGGAGGGAAGCAAGUGGGGAUCUACAGUGGCCACUCAGCAAAAACUUACUCAUGGGGUGGGAAGCAAACAGCCCCUGAUGACUCACUCCUCUUGCAGAUCUCAGUUUGCUCCUUUUUAUGGACCUUACUGGAGAGGAAGUUCCCUCCACAGAAUGUCUGAAUCCUUGCAUUCUUCCCUCCAUCACUGUAUUGAUUCUUUUUUUUUUUAACUUUUUUUAUCUAUAUCAACUUGCGUAUUUCUUAUUUACAUUUCGAUUGUUAUUCCCUUUCUUGGUUUCCAGGCCAACAUCCCCCUAAUCCCUCCCCCUCCCCUUCUAUAUUCUUGUUCCCCUUCCCAUCCUCCCCCCAUUACCACCCUCGCCCCAACAAUCACGUUCACUGGGGGUUCAGUCUUGGCAGGACCAAGGGCUUCCCCUUCCACUGGUGCUCUUACUAGGCUAUUCAUUGCUACCUAUGAGGUUGGAGUCCAGGGUCAGUCUAUGUAUAGUCUUUGGGUAGUUACUUAGUCCCUGGAAGCUCUGGUUGCUUGGCAUUGUUGUUCAUAUGAGGUCUCAAGCCCCUUCAAGCUCCUCGAGACCUUUCUCUGAUUCCUUCAACAGGGGUCCCGAUCUCAGUCCAGUGGAUUGCUGCUGACAUUUGCCUAUGUAUUUGCUGUAUUCUGGCUGUGUCUCUCAGGAGAGAUAUACAUAUGGUAACUGUCGGCCUGCACUUCUUUGCUUCAUCCAUCGUGCCUAAUUGGGUUGCUGUAUAUGUAUGGGCCACAUGUGGGGCAGGCUCUGAAUGGGUGUUCCUUCCGCCUCUGUUUUAAUCUUUGCUGCCCUAUUCCCUGCCAAGGGUAUUCUUGUUCCCCUUUUAAAGAAGGAGUGAAGCAUUUGCAUUUUGAUCAUCUGUCUUUAGUUUCAUGCGUUCUGUGCAUCUAGGGCAAUUCAAGCAUUUGGGCUAAUAGCCACUUAUCAAUGAGUGCAUACCAUGUAUGUUUAUGUUUUUCUGUGAUUAGGUUACCUCACUCAGGAUGAUAUUUUCCAGUUCCAUCCAUUUGCCUAUGAAUUUCAUAAUGUCAUUGCUUUUGAUAGCUGUGUAAUAUUCCAUUGUGUAGAUGUACCACAUUUUCUGUAUCCAUUCCUCUGUUGAAGGGCAUCUGGGUAGUUUCCAGCUUCUGGCUAUUAUAAAUACGGCUGCGAUGAA